AUGGCAGUGGUGUAACCGUGGAGAGGCCAGGGUAUCACAAACUUAUGGAUUUUGAUAAGAGAGGAGGGAAGGGGGAAAACGAGGAGACUAGAAGAAUGUCUAAAACGGGUGGAAGCCGGAGCACUCAUGGGAGCCGAACAGCAGGGACCAACUCCGGAGUCUUAAUGGUGGGCCCGAAUUUUCGCGUUGGGAAGAAGAUUGGAUGUGGCAACUUUGGGGAACUUCGGCUAGGGAAGAACCUCUACACAAAUGAAUAUGUAGCAAUCAAGUUGGAACCUAUCAAAUCCAGAGCUCCUCAGUUGCAUUUGGAGUACCGAUUCUACAAACAGCUUGGCAAUGCAGAAGGAAUCCCUCAGGUGUACUACUUUGGCCCAUGUGGAAAGUACAACGCCAUGGUCUUGGAGUUGCUCGGCCCAAGCCUGGAAGACCUCUUUGACCUGUGUGACCGGACAUUCACUCUCAAGACCGUUCUUAUGAUUGCCAUCCAACUGAUUACACGGAUGGAGUACGUCCACACCAAAAGCCUGAUCUACAGAGACGUAAAGCCAGAAAACUUCCUGGUGGGGCGGCCCGGAAGCAAGCGUCAGCACACCAUCCACAUAAUUGACUUUGGCCUGGCCAAAGAGUACAUUGACCCAGAGACCAAAAAGCAUAUCCCCUACCGAGAGCACAAGAGCCUGACAGGAACGGCACGGUACAUGAGCAUCAACACCCACCUGGGGAAAGAACAAAGCCGAAGAGAUGACCUAGAAGCACUUGGUCACAUGUUCAUGUACUUCCUCCGAGGAAGUCUGCCCUGGCAAGGCCUCAAGGCAGACACCCUGAAAGAGCGGUACCAGAAGAUUGGUGAUACCAAGAGAGCCACACCCGUUGAAGUGCUGUGUGAAAACUUCCCCGAGGAGAUGGCCACAUAUCUCCGCUAUGUGCGGCGUCUGGACUUCUUUGAAAAGCCAGAUUAUGACUAUCUAAGGAAACUUUUCACAGACCUGUUUGACCGGAACGGCUACGUCUUUGAUUAUGAAUAUGACUGGGCUGGGAAGCCUUUACCCACCCCUAUUGGCACAAUCCAGAGUGACGUACAAGUCCAGCCUCCAAACAGGGAGAAAGCACAGCAGUACAUCAAACAGCAGGUCAUGAGUUCUACCAAUGGGGAGCUGAACACGGAUGACCCCACUGCCGGCCACUCAAAUGCCCCCAUCACUGCACCUGCCGAGGUUGAGGUGGCAGACGACACAAAGUGCUGCUGUUUCUUUAAGAGGAGGAAGAGGAAAACCACCCAGCGCCACAAGUGAAAUAUUCCUGUUGGCCAAAGCCAGGAUCCUACUGGGACUGCGUUUUCCCCACCCUCCUUUCACUUCCUGGCUGAGGAUAAUGGAUCUUGAUUGAAUGGAAGGGGGAACAGCUUCCCCGCCUGCUCUCCCACUCCAGUUUUAUUGGUGGGUAGGGACACAAGCGGCUUUGACUCUCCUAGCAGGCACAUCGGGGGCUUCCCCCAUCCGUUUUUUUUUUCUUUUCCCUUCCUCCCAGGAGAAGCAAACGGAGGGGUGGGGCGGGCACUGGCAGAAACAGAAAAGCACGUUGGACUUCUUGCUCAAGUGUCCUCCUCCUCUUCCUCCUGGUCCAUAGAGAAAAAAAGCAUUAAUAUUUAUGCAGCGGUUCUCCCCCCUCCCCCCCCCAUUGUCAGUUUAUUCGUCCUCCACCCCUCUUUGGAGCUCCUUGAAUAGCUUUUGGAACAAAAACAGAAAAUGGGAAUCAAUUCUACUUGUUUACCUUUAGAAGAAGCGAAGUGAUGAUUCUGAGAACAACGCCUGCACCUAUUUCUUCUUCUCUGUUUGCUUCAGUCUCUCUUAAUUUAAAAAUUGCAUUUUUGGUCCUCGUGCCGGAGCAUCUCCCCACCCCUACACCCUUCCCGUUGUAGCAAUGCAAAUGGUCUUGCUUUGUUGUUUUGCUUUGAUUUUUAAGGAUGUUUCCCCCCUCCCCCCACAAUGUCUGCCUGGUUGCCCUCUUUCAGUUUAAUUCCCCCAGCCCUGCCAAAUUACUCAUUGGUGACAUCCGUUAGGGGAGCUUUGCCCCCCUUCCCCAAAUCACGCGAGAGGCAAAAUAGAUGUAUCGUGCAGGGGUCGGGGAAUAAUUACACUUCCUCAUUUCUCAGUGCACUUUCUUUUGUAGCAAUACCAGCAACAUCUGUGUCUUGAAAAUGAUCCAAUUUUAGAUUUAUUUUUAAAAUGUUAAAUAAGACCUACCCACUCCCAGGUGGGGGAGAAUAAGGGCAAAAGUCUUGGAUCUCAGGAACGGCAACCUGCCAAACAUAACCCCAAAGCCAACGUCCAUUGUUAGAGAAUCGUGGAGAAGAAGGGGACCUUUCAUGACCAAAGUGAAACCUACAUGGACAGGAUCACUAGGUGAGAUCGUUCCAUAUGGUGGCCCUCACAGCCCCUGGGGCAUCGGAGGUACUUGCCAAUUUUAUUUGAAAUAAAUAGGUGGCAAGAGUUACACAAACUUCUAUUUGGGUGGAGAGAGGCCCUCUGAUGAAGCUUUGUGUAAGGACAAUCCACUCUGUUGUUUUUGUCUGUUCUUUCUCAAAAAUCCAUCAGCCACUUGCACUUCCAGCUUCCCAGUUGGGUGAUGGCUAACUUUGAAUCAGCUCCUGCAGAAACGUCGGAAUGACUGUUAGGAGGAUGGAAAUGAGCAAAAGGUUUAGCGGGUCUGUUACAAAAAAUAUCCAAGCCAAGCCAAAAUCUACUUUGCUAGGGAAGGAGAUGGGCUUAGAAUAUGGCCUGCUUCUGGCUUUCAUAUGGUGGGAGGAGCAUGUCUACCCCUUUGCAUUUCAUCACUCACUUACACGUCUGCCCCAACCUUCCACUGUGCGAGACAAAGAUGUGCCUGGUUACACUGCAGCCCGUACUAUGUCUGUUGACUGCAUAACUCCUGGAUUUGCGUACACCCGUCCCUUUUGGUCCUCCCGUUGGCCAGGUCAAAACGAACAGCUGGUCUGCAGCCAUCAAAGCUACGUGCAUCUGAGUUGCUUCAGCAUUGUGACAAUAGCAGUGCGGCUUCAGUACUUCCUUACAUAUACUUUUACACCAGGGAUAGGACAAUUGGCCCUGUGUUGCUCCAAAAUACUUGUCUUUCGCCCCUGUGUUGUAAUUACGGCACUUGGGAUGUCAGGAAGUGGCCUGCUGGGGAAGUGGCAGGGUGGGGGUAG